CCCAUUGUGAGACUAACGAUAAUUCAUAUUUGAUAAAUAAUUUCAGCACAUUUUUAAAUUUAUCUCUCAAAUCAAUGGCGAUGAUGCGGCGCAUGUGAGAUUUUCGCCCAGGAUCAUAUUCUCUCUCUGUACUCUUUUUCAUAUCACCAAUUUUAUAUCACCUGAUCCGUGUGAGAUUCGGAUGCGCAGGCCCAGAUAUAAUGGGUAUUCCCUUAUCAAAGAAGACAACCACAUCGUAUAAAGAGCUCCAGGGAACAUACGCCAGCGCGCAGUGAUGAACUGAUGUUCAUUGAUGAUGAUUCUCAUCUGAGUAGAUUGACCUAUUCCAAGCUAUUCACUAAAUUGUGCAUUUUUAUUCUAAUAUUUACAGUAGUUGAAAAAAAAAAAAAAAUAAAUUAGCAGCAAUGAAGGACCAACAGGAAACUGGAGCUCAGAAAAAAGCUACUAAGCUUAGGAAUCUUGCGCACAAAACAGAAGCAUUUGAUUUACUUCAUCCUAAAGGAAUGGAGAAAACAUUAUGUUCGGGACAAGUAUGUUUAGGAAGUGUAAUGAGUCUUCCGUUUCAUGGAACUGAGGCAAGGAAGAAAGAAGAAAUUUUAACUCAUGCUAAAGACUUUCUCGAACAAUAUUUUGCAUCUAUACGAAGAUCUAACAGUGAAGCUCAUCGUUCACGAUGGGAAAGUAUUCAAAGAGAAGUACUGUCAACUGGAACUUAUCAAUUGAGUGAAACAGAGCUUGUUUUUGGUGCUAAAUUAGCUUGGAGAAACGCUGCACGAUGUAUUGGUCGUAUUCAGUGGUCAAAACUUCAAGUAUUUGAUUGUAGAUAUGUUACAACAACUAGCGGAAUGUUCGAAGCUAUUUGCAAUCAUAUUAAAUACGGAACUAACAAAGGAAAUAUAAGAUCUGCAAUUACCAUUUUUCCUCAACGUACUGAUGGAAAGCAUGACUAUAGGGUUUGGAAUUCCCAGUUAAUAAGUUACGCAGGUUACAAAAACAAAGACGGAACUAUUCUGGGCGAUCCAGCUAAUGCUGAAUUCACUGAUCUUUGCUUUAAGUUAGGGUGGCGUGGUCCACGUUCAGGAGUUCGCACACGGUUUGACAUUCUUCCAUUGGUACUUUCGGCGAACGGUCAUGAUCCAGAUUACUUUGAUAUACCAUCUGAGCUUGUUUUGGAAGUCCCAAUUAAACAUCCAACAUAUGAGUGGUUUGAAGAGUUACACUUAAAGUGGUAUGCUUUGCCUGCUGUUUCAUCGAUGGUUUUUGAUUGUGGUGGUUUAGAAUUCACAGCUGCACCAUUUAACGGCUGGUAUAUGAGCACGGAGAUUGGAGCACGUGAUCUCUGCGAUACAACGCGUUAUAAUCUUCUUGAAACAAUAGCAGUCCACAUGGGAUUGGAUAUAAGGACACCAAUAACACUGUGGAAAGAUAAAGCAAUGAUUGAGGCUAAUGUGGCAGUUAUCUACAGUUUUCAGAUAAAGAAUGUUACGAUAGUUGAUCAUCAUACUGCGUCAGAGUCAUUUAUGAAACACUACGAAAAUGAAAUGAGAUUAAGAAAAGGUUGUCCAGCUGAUUGGCUGUGGAUAGUACCACCUCUAUCUGGCUCUAUUACGCCGGUAUUCCAUCAGGAAAUGGCCUUGUAUCAUUUAAAACCUUCAUAUGAUGCACAAGAUCCAGCUUGGAAAACUCAUAUAUGGAAAAAAGGACGUGAUAAAAAAGCGGCGUCCAAAAAACCACGGCGUAAAUUUCAUUUUAAACAGAUUGCUAGGGCUGUAAAGUUUACGUCAAAACUUUUCGGACGAGCUCUAUCACGGCGUAUCAAAGCGACAGUUCUAUUUGCGACUGAAACAGGGACAUCGCAAAUGUACGCUGAAAAACUUGGUGAAUUAUUAGGCCAUGCAUUCCAUUCCCAGGUUCUCAGUAUGGCUGAAUAUGAUAUUAGUAAUAUUGAACACGAAGCAUUACUUCUUGUUAUAACAUCGACAUUUGGUAAUGGAGACCCACCGGAAAACGGCGAAGCUUUUGCGCAAAAUUUAUAUGCUAUGAAAAUGAACGAAACUUAUAAUAAUAAUAAUAAUAAUAAUAAUAAUAAUAAUGAAUCGAAAAUAACAUUAGCAACAUCGAAAUCAUUUAUAAAAGCUAAUAGUCAAACUGAAGUAGGUAGUGUUAAAAAAUUAGAUAGAUUAGACUCUUUACGUGGAUCGACUACUGAGUCACAAAAUGAAGAUACUUUUGGGCCUCUCAGUAACGUCAGAUUUGCUGUAUUUGCCCUGGGUUCAUCGGCCUAUCCGAAUUUCUGUGCAUUCGGACAUUAUGUUGAUAAUUUACUUGGUGAACUUGGUGGAGAACGGUUACUGAAAUUGUCUCAAGGUGAUGAAAUGUGUGGUCAAGAGCAGGCAUUUCGAAAAUGGGCUGCAGAUACUUUUGCAGUUGCCUGUGAAACUUUUUGUCUUGAUGAUGAUGAUACAUUACUAGAAGUUGCACUAUCACUUGGGUCAGAAGCUCUGUCUAGGUCUACUGUACGAUUUAUUGAAGCUGAUCCUCAACCAAUCGCAAAAGCUUUGAGUAAAUGUCAUAACAGAAAUGUGACGACUUGCAAUAUGUUGAGAAAAACUAACUUGAGUGGAAACGACUCUGGUGUGACUACGUUAUUGUUAGAACUAGAUGACUUAGCGGGCAUGGAAAUUUCUUACAAGCCAGGGGAUCAUCUUGGAGUAUUUGCAUGUAAUAAAAGUGAGCUAGUUGAAGGAAUUCUUGCUCGCCUUGAACCAACUCUAGACUUUGAUACUCCAAUGGAACUUCAAACACAAAAACAAUCUCAUACACCAAAUGGCGUUGUCAAAACUUGGGUUCCUCAUGAAAGAUUUUCACCAAAUGCAUUAAGAAUGUUACUUACUCGAUUUUUGGAUAUUACUACUCCACCAACACCUAAUCUCUUAAGAUACUUUUCAUCAAUUGCAGAAAAUCCUAAAGAAAAAAAUCAACUUAAUCUUUUAGCCACCGAUUCAGCAGCUUAUGAAGAUUGGAAGCAUUGGAAAUACCCAAAUUUAUUGGAGGUUUUAGAGGAAUUCCCAUCAAUAAAACCUUAUGCUCCACUUUUUGUUCUUCAUUUAACUCCAUUGCAGCCUAGAUUUUACAGCAUUUCUUCUUCACCGCUAGUACAUCAAGGACAAAUUCAUUUGACAGUUGCUAUUGUGCAAUAUAAAUCUCAAGGAGGGACUGGGCCUAUUCAUUAUGGUGUAUGCUCUAAUUACCUCAACGAAAUAACCGAUGGCGAGCCAUUAUACGUUUUUGUUCGAAGUGCACCAAACUUUUACAUGCCUCCUGAUGUUAGUGCUCCAAUGAUUUUAGUUGGUCCAGGUACAGGGAUUGCGCCUUUUCGAGGAUUUUGGCAUCAUCGAUAUGCUCAGAUGCAGAUGAAGACCCGAGAAAAGUUUGGAAAAAUCUGGUUAUUCUUUGGUUGUCGUCAGAAAAAUAUAGAUCUUUACUGUCAGGAAAAAUGUGAAAUGUUGGAAGCAGGGGUACUGGAUAGCGUUUUCUUGGCCCUGUCCCGCGAAAAAGGAAUUAAAAAAACUUAUGUUCAGGAUUUAAUUCUAGCUGAAUCUUUACAAAUUUAUAAUAUGUUAGUACAUGAAAAUGGGCAUUUUUAUGUGUGCGGAGAUUGUACUAUGGCUGAAGAUGUUUAUCAAACAUUAAAACACAUUAUUCAAACGCACGGACAACUUUCAGAUAAGGAAGUUGAAGCUUACAUGCUUUCUUUAAGGGAUCAAACAAGAUAUCAUGAAGAUAUUUUCGGAAUAACUUUCCGUACUGCAGAAGUACAUAAUCGCUCUCGUGAAACCGCGAGAAUUCGAUUGGCAACAGAACCUAUAUCAACUUAAAAUAAAUUCUGAUUCUUCUCAAAAAUAUACUAUAUAAAACAGUUCAUAUUAUAAAUCGAUUAAAAUUUGAAAAAAAAUCGAAGAUCUUACGAAAUAAGUUAAAGUUUAAAAACGUUUGAAAUUUAUCUCCUCGAAUUGCAUGUUAAUAUUCUUCAAGUAAUUUACUAUGACAGUGCAAAUAGUAGGUGAAAAACGACUUUAAAGAGUUUUAAAUAAAGAAAUUUAAUAUCGAUAGAAAAAUUUUCAGAUUACUCAAAGAUAUUCUUUGAAUCUUUGUGUCAAGAAUUUAAAAAAAUUUACUACAGAUAUAAAAUU